GUUAAAUGCUGUCUUCAUCAAUAGUACAAACAAUAUCAUAAGUUGUACAUAUAAGAGCACCGAUACUUAUUUGUCUUUGUGUUUGCGGACGAGCACUUCGGAACAAUGAGAACUUUGCUUUUUAUCGCUCUAGCCGUUUGUGCUUUUGCAAUUGUCGAAGUAAAUGCAGGACAAGGCUGCCACUAUGAAGGUAAAGAUCACGAAAUCGGAUCAACGUUUAGACACGAAUGCCUUAAAUGCAAAUGCAGUGAUGAAGGGAAACUGACGUGCAAUGACGUGAAACCCUACUGUGAGAAGGAAGUCAAAUAUGUCAAAUAUAAAAACUGUACAAAAGCAAAAUGCCCAAAGAUUGAUUGUCCGGAUGGGUCGUACACACCUCCAAGGAGAUGCUGUCCUAGGUGUUAUCCACCGUGUCAUAAACUGCCUCGGUUAGUAGCCGCCAAAAUGGAUAUAUCCGAAGAAGGUAUGUGCUGCAAAGAAGUGACAUGCAGAAUGUACUGUGAAUAUGGAUAUAAGAAAGACAAAGACGGGUGUGACAUUUGCAAAUGCAAGAUGGACCGCUGUGAUGGUUAUACAUGCGCUGAUGAUAAAAUGUGUACGGUUGAGAAUGACAAGGCAGAAUGUAAACCUAAAAUUCAAGUUAUGUCAAGAGGAAAAUGCGAUCCAGUGUUGUGUAAGAUGUACUGCGAAUUCGGCUUUGAAUCUGACGAAAAUGGAUGCGAGACAUGCAUGUGCAAAAUGAAUCCUUGUAAGGCUAGUCCAGUUCUGUGUCCAGAUGAUGACCGCGUUGCAGGUUGUGAGGGAUGCCUUGGAAAUUGCACAAUGUCUUGCCAUUAUGGGUAUAAGACUGAUGACAAUGAUUGUCCAAUAUGCGAAUGUAGAGCUAAUCCAUGCGCAAAGCCAGAAGAGGUGUGUUCGAAUGAAAUGCCUUAUUGUGUAGUGAAAUAUAAUAAGGCAGUUUGUCAAAAAUGCAGUCCUGUUAUGUGCAUGAUGUUUUGUCAGUUUGGAUUCAAGAUGAACUCAGAUGGUUGUGAAAUUUGUGAAUGUAAACCACAUCCAUGCCUUAAUAAAGAAUGUCUUCCUUACCACAUGUGUUACAUUGAAGAGGAUAGCAUGUGUGAAAAAGAUCACUGUCCCCCAGUUGCUAAGUGCAAAGCUCAUCCAUUUUUAGCAUGCAAAAAACCUGAAACAGAUGACACUGGAAAUUUCACAAUCUGUGCUGGUAAAGAAAUGGUUAACUGUAGCGAUGGGUAUGAUUGUCGUAUGUCGCCGGGCCAUUAUCCAUCUGUAUGCUGUCCAUCAUCCCAAUGUAAAUAUGGCGAUAAAAUCUACAACAUCUACGAAACAUUUGACUCAGAUGACGGCUGCAAUAAAUGCUUUUGUAUGGGAGACGGUAAUAUUGGAUGCACGUUAAUGGCCUGUCCAAAGAGAGAUUGCACCCAUAACGGAAUGACAUAUAAACACGGCGAUAGCCUUUGCCGGGGAGACGGCUGUAACACAUGCAACUGCAUUGACGGGGAGGUAGCCUGCACUAAAAUGUAUUGUCCUUACUGCAAGGCACACAUGAUUCAUGCUCUUGGUGACUACGUAGACAAUGGCGAUAGUUGUCAAAUAUGUCAGUGCAUUAAUGAUCCCUCAGGCAAAAAGGGAGCUAUCAUUGCUUGUGCAUUUAAAAAUAAUUGUAUCCCAGACCAGGAUCCAAUGCCUCGAUACAAAUGAAUAUAAUAAUAGGAUGAAUCCUAUGCUGUGUACAUGAGUUUUGGACCUUUUGGAUCUGCGAGUAAAGCUAACUUACUAGUGAAUUGAAAAAUCAUAUCUUUUGGAACUAAGCAAAAUAAAAUUCAAUUUUUCUCAUUCAAA